CUGCCCCCGGAGUGGUUUCAUGGGUAAACAAGAAAUCGAUUCUCAGCCCCAUUCCCGUGCCGUGGGGCAGGGCCGGGAGCAGCCGCUGCUGCACACACGGCAGCGUGGGGCCGCGGUGACUGUCCCCACUGCCCCCCUCCCCAAAAACGGCGCCUUGGGUUGCACCCGGGGGCUGCAGCUGGCGUUUAUUGCACAGCCGCUGCCACAGCCCCGCCUGGGCAUCCCUCCGCAGCCGGGGAAGGCUGAGGCGCUGCUGCCCUCGGGCGGCUCAGCACGGCAUGGCACGGUACGGCACGGUAUGACACGGCAUGGCAUGGCACGGCAUGGCACGGUCGGGCACGAGCCGCUGCCUCCGGUCGUUGGAAGAAAUGUGCUGGGAAGGAAAGUGCUGUACCUGCCCGGCUUCUUCACCUACGCCAGACACAUCGUGGAGGUGGAUGGGAAGAGAGGCCUGUUCCGUGGCCUGACUCCUCGCCUCAUCUCAAGCACUUUGUCGACCAUCACCAGGGGGAGUGUGAAGAAGGCCUUUCCACUGGAGGACAUGGAGCACGUUUCCAACAGGGAUGAUGUGAAGACCUCCCUGAGGAAAGUGGUGAAAGAGGACAGGGCCUGCAGGUGCAGGUGCAGGUGUUUCAUGCAGGUGGGGUUUUGUUCCUCCCCUCCCCAGACAUCUCACGAGAUGAUGAUGCAGUGUGUGUCCCGGGUCGUCUCGCAUCCGCUGCACGUGAUCUCUAUGCGCUGCAUGGUCCAGUUCGUGGGUCGGGAAGUCAAAUACAGCGGGGUGCUCGGUGCCAUUGCCAGGAUACUUAAGGAAGAGGGGAUCCUGGGAUUCUUUGUUGGGUUAGUCCCUCACAUCCUGGGGGAUGUCAUCUUCCUCUGGUGCUGCAACCUCUUGGCUCACUUCAUCAACACCUACGCGGUGGACGAUAACUUCAGCCAGGCAUCGGUGAUCCGCAGCUACACCAAGUUCGUGAUGGGGAUUGCUGUGAGCAUGCUGACCUACCCAUUCCUUCUGGUGGGAGAUCUGAUGGCAGUGAACAACUGUGGGUUACGUGCUGGCCUCCCUCCCUACGCUCCUGCCUUCGCCUCCUGGAUCCACUGCUGGAGGUAUCUCAGUGCUCAGGUGAGGGACAGGGGCACACACAGGCCCUUGGGCUCCUUCUGCUCCUUCCCAGGGUCUCCAGAGACGUGUCUGUGCUGCAUCCUUGACACACUGUAGCCCGUUUCCACCCCUCCAGCUCUGGCACUGGCACCAGGCGCCCUGUGUGAGCCUGUUGCACACUCUGAGCUUGCAGCCUGCGCAGCCUCAGGCACCCUCUGCCCCCUCCAUCAGCCAUCCCUGGGGGAAAUGCCUGACUGCAGCACACACGGGGCCAAAGCCCCACUUUCUCCUCUGUAGCACCCCACAGUGGGCACAGUCCCUGCUAAACCAGCUGCAGUUCCCUGGCAGCUCUGGGCAGCUGCCCUCUCCCCGUGCUCACUCUCGUUCUCUCUGGUGCUCAGGGGCAGCUCUUCCGUGGCUCCAGCCUCCUGUUCCGCAGAGCUCCCGCCCGCCUGCCCCCUGCCUGACCAGGACCUGAGCAGCUUGGACUCCUGAGGAAACCCAAAGCUUCUUCUGACACAUGUGUAGUUUUUGUUUCUCCUCAAUCCAAAGCCCAUGGUGCCAGAACAAGACACCUCCUCCUCCUCCAGCAAGACCAGCAACAGAUUGGCUUCUGGAGAUCUGGCUUCAGGCUCCAGCCGUACCAAAGCUCCGUCCUCAAGGCUGUCUCACCUGGGAUGUGUAGCAGAGAGAGCAGAAGGGCAUUGUCUUGUCUCUUUGGUCCAGGCUGUAGCUCAGGAGAUAUCCAGGGAACCAGAAACCGCCCAGGUACUAAAGGAGCCAGCCCUGAGGUGCAGGGACAAGAGACUGCUUCGUUCUGCUGUGGCUGAGAAGCAGCAAGAGAUCCCGGCCCAGCCUCCUGCCUCACCUGCUGCCGAGAGGGUAAAUGAUCGAGUUGCUCAUCCCAGCCAAGAUCAGCCCUGUGACCUGUCUUUAAGGUUUUGAGGGUAGCUGAGCCCCAGGAGCACACCCCUUCCCAUGGGCUGCAGCAAAGCAGAAGAGGAACCCGAGUCCCACUGCGAAGAGCAGCAGAGUCCCAGAGCGAGGGGCAGCUGGGCCCAGGGCAGUGCUGGGGCUGGGCGGGUGUCUGGCAGCAAGAGGGGCUGUGCUUGGGAUGCAGCAGAGCUGUGGGCAGGGGGCUGGCGUGGGACUGGCCCAGCCAUGCUGUGGACAGGUCCCAGCUGGCAGCACCACAAGCCCUGAGGGCUCCUGCCCAGGCCCAGCGUUGCCGUGGCCAUGGAGGAGUCGCUGGGACGGGCGCUCGGGUCCUUCCCAGCGGCACAGAAGGAACCAGCCUGGAGCUGGCUGAAAGCCCAUGAGGUGCCAGGGGCUGCUGGUGCCCAUGGGAGCACAGCUGGCUCCUGCCUGGCACAGCUCAGCAGGGCAGGAUUUAUCCCCAUCCCCCAGACAAGAUUUGCACGGGUCUGUGCUGCCGAGGCAGCCAGGCAGAUCCCCCCCUUCACUUCCCCCAAUGCAGUCUUUUGCACAGAGGUGUUGCUGCACUCCCUGGGAAGAGGUUUUGGGGUCCCUGGGGUUACUGCAGGGGCAGCAGCCGGGGUCAUAUCUCAUGCUGCUGCCCUGGAGCAGGGUUUUGAUGGCCACCUCCCAGCCAGGGCCUGCAGGACAGUGCUGGGACACACUCCCCCAGCCCCCCUCGGUGUCCUGGAGUGGAUCCUGUCUGUCCUCACCUCCUCCCAGACAGUUUGUGUCACAGUAACGGUUCAGUAAUGCAUGGCCCUGCUCCCUAACACCAGGGGUUAUUCCCAAGAGGAUUUAACUCUGCUCUAAAAUACAGCUGUAAAACAACAACUCUCA